UUUUCCUCCCAGCAUUAGUCACCAAACCCACUCAAAAAGAAAAAUGAGGGUCAGACUAGAGAGCUCAAGAAUCAUUAAGCCCUUGCAUGAAGGCAUCCCCCCAACAACAAAUCAUAUUCCCCUAAGUGUUUUUGAUAAGGUAACAUUUGAUGCCCACAUGGCCAUAAUAUAUGCCUAUCAUCCACCAAAUCCUCCAAAUGCUACCUUAGAGACGGGGCUUCGAAAGGCAUUAUCUGUCUAUCGAGAAUGGGCCGGAAGAUUGAGCAAAGAUAAUGAUGGUGAACCAAUCAUUCUUCUCAAUGAUGCCGGGGUGAGAUUUGUCGAGGCAUCGAUGGAUAUCGAGCUUGAUCAAGUAAUGCCUCUCAAACCAUCGGCAUUCUGUUUAAGCCUUCACCCGAGUAUACAAGGAAAUAUUCAAGAGUUGGUGCAAGUUCAAAUCACAAGAUUCACUUGCGGCUCAAUCGUGGUUGGCUUCACAGCUCACCACACUGUGGCUGAUGGGCAAGCCACAAGCAACUUUUUAGUUGCUUGGGGGCAAGCUUGUCGAGGGCUCGAAAUACAUCCCCUUCCUCUGCAUGAUCGGGGAAUUUUCAAGCCACGGGAUCCCCCUUGUAUAGAAUUUGAGCAUCGAGGGGUCGAGUUUAAGAACCCAAAACUCGAACAAUUCCACCCUCUCCUAGAUGAAGACGUCGACGGUGUUGCAGUGGAUCAAUUCCACUUCUCAUUAGGCUUUCUAGCCAAGCUCAAAGCAAAGGCUUCCUCUAGGAAUGGUAAUGACAAGUCCUAUAGCACAUUUGAGAGCUUGGUGGCACAUUUGUGGAAAGCUGUGACGAAAGCUCGUGGACUGAGUGCAUACCAAACAACAAGCGUGAGAAUUUCAGUCAAUGGUCGCAUGAGGAUGGAUCCAAGAAUUCCAAAUGAAUAUUUUGGCAAUUUGGUUCUAUGGGCACUUCCCACUGCAAAAGUCAAGGACUUGUUGCGUGAGCCAGUGCCAUACGGAGCCAAACUCAUUCAUGACACAGUUGCAAAUGUGAACGACAACUACUUUAGAUCAUUCAUCGACUUUGCAAGCCACAAGGUGAAAGAAGAGAACCUCGUGCCAGUUGUUGACAUGGGCCAAUCUGUAAUAGAAUGCCCUAAUUUGGACGUUAGCAGCUGGCUAAGGUUUCCGUUUUAUGACCUGGAUCUUGGAGGAGGGUCCCCUUAUGUUUUCAUGCCAUCUUAUUACCCUCUAGAGGGCACCAUUUUGCUUCUACCGUCUUUUAUUGGUGAUGGAAGCAUUGAUGCUGUUAUUGCACUAUUUGAAGACCAUUUGGCAGCCUUCAAGCUGAUUUGCUAUGAAUUGGAAUAGGAAAGAAGGGAUAAUGUCGUUCCCUGCUUGUUUUUUUUUUUUGGUUAAAGACGUCAUAGGAAAGAAGAGGAAUAGGAGAAUAAACCUUGAAUACGAGUGGGCAUACUGGGACAAGAAAUGCAUUUAGUUCAUGCUCAUCACCUCUUCGCUAUAAUAUGUUAUUGCUUGUUCUACAAUUUUUUUUAUUUCUCGA